CUGUUGUCCGUUUCAAACCAGCGGAAGCUGCAGAAAAGAAACGUAGCCGCACGGGAAGGAAAUCGUCGUAAACAUAUCUGAUGUAGAAAUCGGUUUGACAGCACAGAGCAAAAGCUGCGGUAGUUCAGCAUGAAAGGAACCGCCAAAAGCAAGGUGGUGACAUCAGGGAGGCUGACAGGAGGAGUCAAAGGACAGCGGUCCAGGAGACGAGGGACUCCAGAUCCAGGACCAGCAGCCUGCCCCGGACCAGCCUACUCUCUGUACUCCACAUCCACAGACUCUGAAGAGCAGGUCUCUUCUCUCCAUGAAGGUCUGGACCAGUGUGCUGCCUUGCUCACUGACAUCCUUCAGGCAGAAAAGGCAGCAGUGAAGGGUGGAGCAGCUAAAUCGACACCAUGUAGCUCACUCUGGAAGAAAACCAUCAGGAACACAAAGACAGAACAGAGAGGGUGGCAGCCUGGACCAGGUUCCACAACCCGCCAUCCUGCUGUGAAGACCUCCACCCAUCCACCUGAGAAACGGACCUCUAUCCAUCCACCUGAGAAACGGACCUCUAUCCAUCCACCUGAGAAACGGACCUCUAUCCAUCCACCUGAGAAACGGACCUCCACCCAUCCCCCUCAGACCUCCACCCAUCUACUUGAGAAACAGACCUCCAUCCAUCCACCUGAGAAACAGACCUCCACCCAUCCCCCCCAGACCUCCACCCAUCCACCUGAGAAACAGACCUCCACCCAGACCUCCACCCAUCCACUUGAGAAACAGACCUCCAUCCAUCCACCUGAGAAGCAGACCUCCACCCAUCCGCCUCAGACCUCCACCCAUCCACCUGAGAAACAGACCUCCACCCAUCCACCUGAGAAACAGACCUCCACCCAUCCACCCCAGACCUCCAUCCAUCCACUUGAGAAACACACCUCCACCCAUCCACCCCAGACCUCCAUCUUUCCUGGCCGUCCCCAGACCUCCAUCUCAAUCUCAUACUGUGAGGCAGAGUGUGAUAGGGAAGAGGAGGAGUUUGUUCCUGUGAGAGACAUCGAUGUCCAAAGCUCAGCUGUCAGACCGAUGUGGACCAUGAAGAUGUCCAACAUGCAGCUAGAGCUUGGACAGGUUGAUAAAGUCCCUCAGGACUGCAGUGCAGAGACAGACAGGAAAGGGAAGACAGUUCAGUACCUGCUUGGAGAACUCAAGGCUCUGAUUGCUGGACAAGGCAGUGUAGCAGAGAGGCUGCUCAGUCAUCUGGAGCAGACGGUGUCUUCACCACUGAUGGAUGCUGGUAGUUCAAACAUCCGGACUGAACCACAACAACCAUCCCAUCACAUGCAGAACACUCAGCUCCGCAGGCGUGUGAGGACUCUGAACCAGCAGUUGAAGCAGAGGGGGACAGCAGAGUCUCAUCAGAACCUGGAGAUGCUCUGUAACCCAGAAGUGUGGACUCUGCAGGAGGAGCUCGGCACUGCUCAGUCACGGCUGCAGGACCUCCAGGAGGACCUCGCAGGACUACGGAACGCCCUAGAGGACACACGGAGCCGGCUGACAGACAGAGAGGCAAAGAAUGCUCUCCUCCAAACAGACUUGGAGGCCACCAGAAGCAGGUUGCUGGACAGUAAGCGAGAGAAGAGUGAGAUGGCUUCACUCGCCCAGCAAAGACUGGAAGACAUAGGAAACCUGAACAGGAUUCUUCAGUGUGAACAACAUUGUAACCAACACCAGCACAGACCAGAUCCAGCAGAGCCCCCCACAGACCGCAUCAGCCAGUUCCUGAUGUCUCUGGGUCAGCCUGUGUGUGUGUCUGCAGAGAGAGAAGGAAAGACAUUGAGAGACACAUCAUCACAUCCUGCUGUUGGACCUCAGAGAGGGGACAAGGACCCGUCCCAUGGUUCAGAUGGAGUCCAGUCCUGUGUGGAGGAGCGCAGCCGUCUGUCCCGCUGUCACGUGGAGUCGCUGUGUUCUGAUUGGAGCACCAGGUCGGGGUCCAGCUUUGACACCAGAGACGAGGUCGCUUUCAGAGACGGCCUGGCCGCUCUGGAUGCGAGCAUAGCCAGUCUGCAGAAGACCAUGCGGCUGGACCUGGGGAGCUGAUGUUUUUAUCAAAUAUGGUGUCAUAUGUUUCAUGAUCUUAAGUCAUCUUUCACAUGUCAAGUGAAGUAUUUUGUAAUGUUUUAGUUCUUUUUCUUGGUCUUGAUGGAGACCGUGGACAGGGUUUAGUAUCCUCAGUGUCCAACACGUGUCCCUCACAGUGGAGACACAGCUGCUCGUCCAACAUGUCUUCAUGAGCUGAAUAAUCUAUCACUGUUGUCUUUGUCUUUCCAACCAUAAGUAUUGUAAAUGGAAUAACACUUCAUCUUACAAGUUCUUUUGUUUUGUAUAAUGUCCUCGAAAUAAACUGCUGAGUGUUUGAUUAAAACAUUUCCAAUUCUUUAAUUCCAAUGAGUAGUUGGCAUGGACACGCUGAGUCGGCUCCACAAACUGACUUCAGAGAAGUUGACUUACUCGAGGUAUGUGACUAAAUUAUGGAUCGAUAAAAUUGAAAGUGUUUUUCAAUGGAAAAAAAACUGAUAAACAUGAAAAGAUCAAAGAGUCAUUUUUAUGAAAGUGUAAAACGUGUUUUAAUAUGAGAGCAGCAGUAUAAAAGACAAAAAGCACGCUGUCUAAAAAAAUGUUCCAAUCAUGACUACAACUCUGAAUAAAGACAUUCAUCUGCUCUAAAACAAUAAGAAUCAUUUCACCAUGAACAUGCUCCCUUUGGUAGAUCAAGGAGUGUACGUCAUCAACACACUCCUUCAUAGUGCAAACAGCAGGGACAGAACCCGUUCCACCACAUCCACGCUUAAAGGAGCAGAGAGCACCCACACCAGUCUCCAGGACCACUCGGCUAAAUAUUAGUAUCACUUCCAGUACACACACACACACUAGCUCUGGGUCGUGUUUAUCCUAGCUUAGCACAAACACUAAGAGCAGGUGAAACUGCCCAGAUCUAUCAAAAUUGAAAAAUGUUGGAUUUAAUGUUUGCAAGCUAGUCACCAUUUCACCCUCGAGACACCUGGGUUGACUUCAGCAGUGACCUGGCAACCCCACUAUG